UCACUCAAGUUUACCAACACUUGGUUACUUUUUCUGUCAUUUUUUGACAUUAUAACCUCAAAAACCAAAUUGAUUUUUAUCUAAAAACAUCAAAAAACACGUUUAAUAUAACACAAGUUAUGUAUAAUUAUCAUAAAAUACGACAGAUAGUUUUUUUAUUGGUAAAGUCGUGGUGACACAAAAAGUGAGGUUGGGAACGAUGACCCUUGGACCCAGUUCAACACCAGAAUGCUGCCCAACUUUUCUAAAUUUAUUUUCCGGCAUUGUUCGACCAAAUCUCGGCCUUUCUGUGAAGUGAAAAUUCCCGUACCGUGGGGCCACAUUGCGGGAAAAUGGUGGAAUCCCACAGAUCAAAGACCUAUUUUGACCGUACAUGGAUGGCAAGACAACUGUGGCAGUUUCGACAGACUAGUGCCUUUACUUAAUCCCGAUGUUGGUAUCCUUGCUAUUGACUUACCAGGGCAUGGGUACUCGUCUCGUCUUCCUCCUGGGAUGUACUACCACAAUAUGAAUUACCCUAUUCUCAUUAAACACAUUUCUGAUUAUUUCAAGUGGCCUAAAGUGUCGCUCAUGGGACACUCUUUGGGCGGGAUCAGUUGUUAUGUAUACACAAUGCUGUUUCCAGAGACUGUUGAUUUUUUAAUUUGUAUUGAUGGAGUGAAACCGCUUUAUAAGAAGAAUAACGGGCCUAGAAUGGCUGAAGGGAUACAAGAGUUGUUGAACUAUGACGAAUUAGCUAGAAGUACUGAAGAGCCACCAGCUUAUCCACUUGAUACUAUGAAGAAGAAAAUUAGUGCCGUGAAUAAUAAAUCUAUUGAUAUUGAACAUUGUCAUCAUAUUCUAGAACGGAACAUUGCACCGUCAAAAAGUGAUCCAAAUAAGUAUUAUUUCACGCGUGAUCCGCGUUUAAAAUCAAGGCUCAUCCUCAACUGGUCAAGGAAAGACUUGCUUGAAGGGGCUUAUAGGGUCAUUCCACCAUUACUUCUGAUAAAAUUUACUGGAAGUGGAUAUUUUGAAGAUAAGAAGAAUUUCUACGAACUUUUGGAUGCCCUCAAGAGAACAUCAAAAGACGUCCGGAUGCACUACGUGGACGGGACCCAUCAUACUCAUUUAAAUAACCCAGAGUCUAUUAACACCAUUAUUAACAAGUUUAUUGAAGUUUACAACACUGAGACAAGAGAUGUGGGUGGGAUUAAACAAGAUAUUAUACAAUAAAUAAUUUAUUAAAUGUUUAGUUGAAUAAAUUCAUGUUUGGUUUAAUUCA